UUUAAUUUUUUAGCAAAUAUUUUUAUUAACUUUUGAAAUUUUUAUUCCUACUUUUUCUGUUAAAAUAAUGAUUGAAACGAAACUCAUAAUUCUUAGGUACUAGGUAGUUUUACAAGUCACACAAUAAUGCCUCAUAUGCAACACAUUGAUGAGUUGAUCAGGGAAUAUUUUUUAUUUCGAGGAUUUACAAACGCAUUAAAAUGGUUUGAUUUCGAUGUGAAAAUCGAUAAAGAUAAAGGAUUUAGAGUGGAUAAACUAGUUGAACAAAUAUUGCAAUUAGUAUACUCCUAUGAUUUGUCUACAAUUAGAGAACUUUGGUCACAUUUUGAAAAUAAAUUAUUUUCAAAACUAGAUCAAGACAUAUCGUUUGCUGUAAAAAAGUUGGAGAAUAGUUUGCUUAAAUUUUACCUUGUACAUGCAUUAACCAACAACCGUUCAGAUAAAGUAAACGAGUUUCUAAUUAAAAUGACUCAUGAUCUACAACUACAAAAUGAAUGGAAAGAUUGGUUUAUGUUGCCAUAUUUGAAAAAUAUUGAAGAUAACCCAUUGUUUGCUAUUUACUUCACCAAGCAGUGGCAAGAUUCUUUUUUUAUUUCUUUACAUAACUUUCUCUCCAUUGUCUAUCAAAUUAUUCCACGACCUAGUCUGUGCAAUUAUGAAGAUGACGCAAAUAAAAUUCGCAGACUUCAAGAUGAAAUUGAUACUCUUAAACAAAAACUUACUGAUGGAGUUACUCAACCUAAAUACAACACAGUCAGUGGAUCAUUUCAUUCUCAACCGCUAGAUAUAAUUGAUGAUUUCUACACAGUGUCUCAAGAAACAUUAAAGAAUACUAACACUGAUACAUCCAUGAAAUCCUUGAGAUCACUUAUCAGAACUAUCGGUGGAUUACCUACAAGUCCAAUACUCGGUAAACAAGUUAACAUGAAGCGUAUAUCUCAACCAAUUCCUACUUCUACUGCUACUUCUACUAUUAUUCCUGAUAUUGGUUAUAAGAAACAUGUAGGAACCAAUUCAAAACUCAGUACAAGCUUAUCAACUUCUCCCUCGUCUUACAUAAUGAUUAAGCCUGGUAAUACUAGUGAAAGUAGCCGUAGAACUGUAUCAAAGCGAUCAAUAUCUUUAGAACGCGAUUCCACUAGAAGUAGAGGUCCUCGAGAUGCCAGUUUAGACAAUUUAGACAAAAGACAACACAAAGUUCCUCCAUUCCUUUUGCUAAGCCAGGAAUCCUUUAAUGAACAUAAAACAAAGAUUACUCAAUGUUGGUUUAACAUGUCUGGUUCACUUAUAUCUAGUACAGAUGCUGAUGGUUUUUUGAAAAUUUGGUCAGCUGCCCCAUCACCAAAAGUAAUUGGAUCAACUAACUUGAAAAAAGUUGUAUACAGCUUGGAUUGGUUCAAAACUAAUGAUCGUUAUACAUUAUUAGGGUGUGAUGAUUGUUCAAUAAUACUAUAUGAUGCUAAAGAAAUGAAAAGCUCUUGGGAACUAAAUCCAUUUAAACAAUCAACAAAUUUGAAAAUACAAUGUGUUAAAUGUGGUCCUUCUGAUUCUACAUUUGUAUGUUCGCUCAUUUCUAAAGACAACAAUAAAUUACUUUUAUAUGACGUCAAAACUAAAAAAAUUGAAAGACAACUCAUACUGGGAAACGAUGAUGUAGCUGUUACAUGUUGUGCCUAUAAUCAUAAUGGUCAAUUGUUGUAUGCGGGAUGUGCCGAUGGAUCAGUACGUACUGUUGAUCUCAGACAUAGUGAAAUUGUUGAUCGUUGGACCCCACAUACCGAUCGUUUGAUGCGUCUUCAAUUAUCUCCUGAUCAUAAUGAUUGUUACACAUUAGGAGCUGAUAACAAAAUUUGUCGCACUAGUAUGAAUGGUAAUAAACAGUCAUGUGUAUGGGAAGUGAAUAUUAAGAAAGAUAAUCCACUCCAGCCCAAUGCAUUUAUGAGUCAAGCAUUUACAUUAGAUCAGUCUGGUAGUUAUAUGCUACUAUGCCAUAGUCAAAACAAUGGCGGAAAUAUAUAUAAAAUAACAAGUACUGGAUUAAAUGUUGUCUUGUCUCUAAAAGAGCAUCAAAGCAUUCCAGUUGUUUGUGAUUGGUCAUCUCUAAAUCAAUGUGGUACCUGUGUAACUGGUUCAGACGAUGGAACUCUAUGUAUAUCUACACUUCUGACUCCAUAAUUCAAAUUUGUACUCAUACAUUAUUAUCAUUAUAAAAUUAUAAUGUGAAACCUAUCUCAAUA